UGGCAUCAUGUCAUUUUCCUUAAAAAAUUACAGAUAAGGAAGUGCUACUCAUUCUCUAAGUUUAGUAAAUUGCGUUGGUGAAAAGGUUGUUAAAUUUAAUUCGCAUCUGCCCCUAAACUUUACCGUCAUGGCAGAAGAGGUGCAAAAAUCUUCCGGUUUUUUGAAUUCCGUAGUUUCGGAGAUCGUCCAAAGCCCUUUAAACCUCUCCCUUAUCGGUUUAAUAUUGUUUUUAAUAUAUCGGAUAGUAAAAAGUCGCCAAGAUGAAAAAAGUACGGAGCCGGAAGAAAAAGCUUUGCCUAAAAUGAAGAAACAAGAUUUUUCUGUAGAAGAAUUAAAAAAGUUUGAUGGCACACAGGAAGAUGGCAGAGUGCUUGUGGCUGUGAAUGGAAAAGUAUAUGAUGUGACCAAAGGAAAAAAAUUUUACGGACCAGAUGGCCCUUAUGCUGCUUUUGCUGGUCGGGAUGCAUCAAGAGGGUUAGCUACAUUUAAUGUUUCAGCUUCAGGUGAGGGAUAUGAUGACUUAAGCGAUUUAACCACCAUGGAGAUGGACUCAGUUAGGGAGUGGGAAUCACAAUUUAAUGAUAAAUAUGAAUAUGUGGGAAGACUCUUGAAACCAGGUGAGGUGCCCACAAAUUAUUCAGAUGAGGAAGAUGAGUCAAACCCUACUGAAAAAUCGAAAGAUGAUUAGAGAAACGCCGUGUCUUUUAUUUUCCCAGAAAAAAGGCUGAUAGAAGAGGUUUAUAAAACUGAAAACAUUUGAAAUAUAUUAUAUCUUAAGCGAGAUUAUAAACAAAUACUUUUAUAGUGCUGUUAUUUUUUUUUACUAAUCUAUUUAUAACAUCAUGUUACAGAAUUUGGCCACAGUUUUUUACAAAAAGAACUCAAACGCAAAAGAAUGUUAAUGUAUUGCUUGCUACCAAUAUUUUCUAUCGCAGGCCGUUUGUGGGAUUGUGCUGCAAAUAUAUUUUUAAAAAAUGUGGAGUAUCAGGCAGCAUAAAUUGAGUCACCAAACAAAAUGAGAGUUAUGAAAAUACGUGGCCAUAUUCAGUUGUUUGAAAUAAUAAAUACCUAUAUUUUCCAGAUAGAAUCUCGAAAAUAUUUCAUUUACGUACAUGAGAUGCUUAUUGUGAAAAUGGACGAAAAUACUUUUUUUUCCAAUUUCAUUCUAAAUUUUCUUAAAAAAUAACAUCGAAUUGGAUGUAAAUGUUUUUCUAGAUUGAAGUAUUGUCGGGAUUUCGCGGUAUAUAUAUUUUUUGAGGAUGGGUGAAAUUAAUUUUAUUACGUCUUUAUUCGGUUUAUCAAAAGCAAAGGUCAACAAGUUCUGGCGCGUGUGGUAUGCAAAAGUGGUAUCUUGUACGCGUUUUUCAAAUUCGUUUUGAAUUAAAAGGGCUAGCUGAUUUGUGACGUUUUUGCCAGUCAUUGCAUUUCUUCACUUCAGGAGACUAUUAGUUAUAACUCAAGACGUGGGUUUGUUAUAUUAUCAUUAAAUAUAUACUGGAAAUGAGUGCACAUGUAUAUUAAAUUUGAGUUGGAAAUAAUUAUAAAAAAUUCAAAAUUAUUUUAAUAUGUAUAUGUAAUAAAUUUCGGUACUUAUAAAUUGUUGCAGACGGAAGUAUCUUAAUUUUUAACAAUGCAUAUUGUUUAUUAGUAAUAAACGUUAUAAAACUAUAAAAAUGUCUGGAUAGUGUUGAAGAUGGGUAAGAUGCCUUUUAAAUGUGUUGCUUUACUUUAUGUUUUGCGUUUUUUAUUUUCUUUGUGAAUAUUAAAGGAAUUUUGCUUUUGUUAAUCGGUUUCAGUUUGGUUAUGGUCUUUUACCUAGUUUUUAAAUUGAGAAGUGUAGUUGUUGUAUAUUGAGAAAAUAAAUAAAAAUUCAAAUAUA